GGACAAGUCUCUCUCAUUUAAGUCUCUUGGUCUACAAUCAUGGGCGACUCCACCAGUAGCAAUAAGAAGAAGAAAAGAAGCAGCACAAGGAAAGAACCCAAAAGACCCAAAUGUUUCUCUGAUGUUGACAAGUUAUCCAAAGCCUUGCUUACAACAGGGUAUUCCAGCGCAAGGAGGAUCACCAUCUCAACUCGAAGGAAUGAUGGAAUGGUCAUUACUUCAACCUAUUCAGACCAUGGAAGAAUUUCACCCGUAGCUGUGGCAGGAAAAUACGGGAAUGCUACCAUUGGUCUCGAAGUCGAUAGAAACUCGAGGAUUUCAGCAACCCUCAAUUUCAGCAGAAACAUCUUCCCCUCAACAAAGAUAGCGGCUUCAGCAAAAUUGGCAAAUUACAAAUCCGGCAUGAAUUCAGCAACGCUCAGUUUCAGCGGAAACCUCUUGCCGUCAACAAAGUUCAUAGCUUCAGCAAAAUUUCCAAAUUAUAAAACCAGCAUGCUGAAGAUUCAAUACCUGGGUUUCCAUAAGCAUUCUGCUGUGACCAUAUCUGUUGUUUUAAACCAGCUCCCUUCAGCUAAUCUUUCGGCAACACUUAAUAUUUCAAGCAUUGCCAUUGGCAUGAAAGCAACAUACAAGACUUCCUCCAGCCAGUUUGCUGCAUAUGAUGCAGGCAUCAGUGUGACAAAGCCCAUCUGCGAUGCAUCAAUUAUUCUGGCCGACAAGGGUGACUUAAUAAGAGCAUCGUUUGUGCAUUACUUUGACCAAGGAAGAAAGAUAGCUGCCGUGGCAGAGAUCACGCGGAGGUUUUCGAAGAAGGAAAACAAUCUUACGGUUGGAGGUUCAUGCUCUGUGGAUCACCAUACAACUAUAAAGGCGAAGCUUGACAAUCAUGGGAAGCUAAAUGCCCUCCUAAUGCACAAAUUUAAGCCCAAAUCAUACUUAACAAUUUCUGGUGAAUUUAACACCAUAGCUCUCGACAAGCAUCCCAAAAUCGGAUUGGCUCUUGCUCUCUCACUAUGAGUAGAUCCUUGAUAAACAGUAUGAUGCUAAUAUAUUAGUAAAACUAAUAUUAUCUAUUCCUUUUAGCUCCCUGAUAAACAGCAUGAUGUUAGUGGAUUAGAAAAAUUAAUAAACUCUACUACUUUUUUA